GGCAAUUUGGGGGAUUUCAAAGACAACAACAAUUAGCCAGUAAACAAACUGAACAAGGACAAAAUAUUCAAUCAGGAAAUUUUAAUAAAACUACUUCACGGCAAAAUCUAACUAGUAAAGAAUAUUAUCGGCAAAAUAAAGAUGCCAAUGUUUCAAUUACCAAACAGGAUGCUUAUGAAUUAAAUAAAAGAUUGAAAAUAGUCUUAAACAAAACCGAAAAAGAAUAUAAGAAAUUGCCUGAUACUUCUAACCGAAAACCCCGAAUUGCUUUGAGAUUACAAAUUGCCGAAGGAGCCACAAAGGCUUAUGGUAAGGAGGAUUUAAAUUUGCCCUCGGCCCAGGAAUUUAGAAAAAGAGUAAACGGAGAAGUUGAAGGAUAUCAAAAAGAAUACGGAGGAGAUAAACCCGAACAAUUAAUGAUUUGUUUAUUAGGUCCUCCUGGCCUGGGUAAAUCUUAUAUCAGCCAAAGUUUAGCCAAAGCCCUAAAUCGAGGGUUCCACAUUAUUUCCAUGAAUGGUAAACAAUCAGCCUCUAUCGUUUACGGCACUGAUAUUAGCAAUCCAGGAGCCGAAGCAGGAGAAAUAGUAAAAGCCAUCAGUAAAAGGGAGGAUAGGGCCUGUGUCAUAUUUUUUGACGAAUUGGAAAAGGCUGGCAAAGAUGCUAAAAGAGCCGUUGGUAAUCCGACCGAUAGAACAGUGAAUAAAGAUUUCAAAGAUGACUUUUUUGAUUUUCCUACUCCUCUAAAUGAAAUUAUUUAUUUGUUAGCCAUCAAUUAUCCCGAGGAUUUACCUGAUUUUGUGCGAGAUAGAUUUCGAGUAAUUGAAGUUCCCCCUUUGCCUUAUGAGCAGAGAUUAGAAUUCCUGGAAAAAGAGGAAUUGGAUAAAGGGGAUGCUGAUCGGAAACGACCACCUUGCCCUUAUUCGGCAAAUAGAGCAAAUAACCACCGAGAAAAUUGUGAAUGCUUUUUGGCUAACUUAGAUAAAGUGCCAGGAUGGGAGGAAAAUAUGGAACAAGAAUAUUAA